AUGGAUAACGAUAAAGAAAAAGUGAGUUGGGAUUCGUAUACAACGAAAAUCCUAAUCGAUGUUUGUGUUGAGCAAAUUGUGCACAAGGAACGCCAAGGAACAUCAUUUACGAGGCCGGGUUGGAACAAAAUUACAAAGAAUUUUCAGAAAAGGAGUGGGAAAAUGUAUGACAGGAAGCAACUUAAGAAUAGAUUUGACAUUUUGAGAAAGGAUUGGAAGUUGUGGGAGAAACUUAUGUCUGGGAGAUUGGCAUUGGUGGAUCCCAAUUUCGAGAAAUUUAGACAUCAGGGGUUGAUGUUUGCAUCAGACCUAAUGAAGAUAUUCAAAGAUGUUGUGGCUUCGGGAGACUUUAUGUAUGCACCAUCAGCCUCACAACCUCAGCCAGCAUUCACUCCACAGCCUGACACAGAAGAGGAGGAUGUUUAUAGAGUCGGGCUCGACCAACAGGAAGGGUCGGGGGACAGUGAGGAUGAAAAUUUCGGUGUUGACCCAACAGCCACCGCAGGGAUCUCAGAUGAUUUUGCCAGUUGCAACUUAAACAACCGUUCGAGUACUGGACCAAGUGACUCAGGAAGCUAUGGAAAGAGGAAGAGGGGUGAGACGUCUGAUGCGAAGAAGAAGAAAAAAGUUGCUGCGACUACAAAAAUUUCUGAUAGCCUGAGUGUUAUAGCAGCUGCUUCUGAAAAGUGA